AUGAAUCAGACUCAUGGUGUGCUGCAGGUUAAGGAUCCGUUUUCUCCAACCAAGUGGUACAUGAAGCUUGUGCCUGCUCGCUACAGGAAGGAGCAGACGUCGACUCAGCCGCUCCCCUGGAUCCCUCCUGUGGACAACCUGCUGAAAGACAGCACUGACGGCUCGGCGCUCGGGGCGAUGCUGCACUUCUACUGCCCUCAGCUGCUGCCGUUAGAAGACGUCUGCCUGAAGGAGAACACGACGCUGGCCGACCGGCUCUACAACCUGCAGCUCGUUCAGGACUUCUGCAAAGACAACCUGAGCAGCUGCUGCCACUUCAGCCUGGAGGACAUGCUGUACGCCUCCUCCACCAUCAAGAAUAACUACCUGGUGUUCAUGGCAGAGCUGUUCUGGUGGUUUGAGGUGGUCAAGCCGUCUUUUGUGAAACCACGAAUGCUGGACAAUGAAGGCUCAGAGCCCUCAUCCUUGUUGAAGAGUAUUUCAGCCAUCCCCAUCUCCAAAGCAACAAAGAGGAGCUUCAUGGAGAGACCCCCAAGUCCUGAAAGACCCAGUUUGCCCCUCAGACCUCAGCCUCGACACUCAGGAGAGAUCAAAAGGUCGACCUCCAUGUCCUUUGUGGAUGGAAACCUUGGCACCUGGCCCAAAGAGAAAAGGUCCGGGCCUUACGGAGUAUCUUUUGACAUCCCCUUCGACAAAGAUGACUCUGCUCCCGCUCCUCUGUCGUCCACACGUGGCAUGGUGAGGUCCGUCAGCACUGACGAUGGUUCAGGCUUCAGGGUCCAGCACCUCCCCAGGGGGAUGAAGCGUAACCUCUCCUUCCAGCCGGUGAACGGGAAGAGCGUCGGCAUUGAGGAGGAGGGCUGCCCGGACAGCCUGGCUGGAGAGGAGCCCAGCAGGCGAGCGUUCCCCAACGGGCAUGGGAGCGCCGUAGAAACAACCCCCUCCAUUGAGGAGGCCCUCCAGAUUAUCCACAGCCCGAACAGGCCUCAAGUGGAGGGCAUCAACAACGGGUUCUUUCUGCACAGUCAGGAGCACCGGGCUGCUGUCGGCGGCUUGGAGCCCUUGUCAGAAUCAGGGCCUCUGAGCACCGCGGACACCACGGAGGUCGACACCGGCAUCCACAUCCAGACAGACGACAUGCUGGAUGAGGACUCCUCUCUGAAGGACUGCUCCAUGAACAUGGACCUGGAUAUGGACACGCCGAGCCCCUGCCCGAGCAGUCAGAGCAAAUCCCCCUCAGGAGCGAAGAUGACCAGCUUCGCCGAGCAGAAGCAGAAGAAGCACGUUCCAUCGGCGCCGGACUCGGGGCGGUGCAGCAGCAGCUCCCUCAAGACCACGCCUGAAGGCUCUGAGUUCUGCCUCCCCUUAUCCGUCUCCUGGGCCCCGACCCCCGAGCACAGUCCCAUCCAUCAACAAACCACACCGCCGCUUACGGCUCAAGCUUCCCCUACACCCGUGCAACUUCCACCCAACGACCCCGCCCAGGUCAUGGCGACAGAGAUGGUGCAGCUGAGGAUGAGGCUGGAGGAGAAACGCAAAGCCAUCGAAGCGCAGAAGAAGAAAGUGGAGGCUGCGUUCACGAGGCACCGUCAGAAGAUGGGCCACUCCGCGUUCCUCAACGUGGUGAAGAGGAAAGGAGACGGAGCGGCCAGCGGGGAGGACGCAGGGAAAGCUGAGAGUCCAAGUCCGACCUUUAAAUUUGGGAGGAGGAAGGCGGACACACCUGAUGGGGCGGAGCAGAGCAGCACCGCCUCCUGCUGGACGAAGUCUCCAGGUGCAGGAGAGGAAGGAGGGCAGAGCCAUGUUCAGCCCACUGAGGUGGACCUCACAGAGUACACUCACUCCAUAGAUAAACUCAACCACUCCUUGGCCUUCCUGCAGACGGAGAUGCAGCGUCUGGCUCAGCAGCAGGAGGUCAUCAUGGCGAUGAGGGAGCAGCAGCAUCAGCAGGCGUGGGUCAUCCCUCCGUCUCACACGACGCCAUCGCCGCAGAAGCACGGACGAGCCGGAGCCGUCACACGAUCCUCAGGACCCUCUUCUCCAGCCGACUCCCCUCGCUCCACGCACCGCUCCCCGACCAGCAUCAAACGCAAAUCUGCCUCCUUCCACUCACGUAACCCUCGCACCGCUCGUCCCAGCGAGUUAAAGCUGGCCCCUUACAACCGAGUCCUGACCGCCCCCCAGUCCGUAGACAGCAUCCCCAGGUUACGCCGGUUUUCUCCCUGCCAGCCUUUGGCCAGUUCCUUCGUUUACAUGGGGGAGAAACCUGCUAAAGUAGCCUCAAGUAAGGAUAAACACAAGGACUCAGAGUCACCGGAGAGGGAGCUCACCUGUACAUUUGUAGCACACACACCUCCAAGCUCCCCCAAAACCCUGCAGAACAAAAGAGAACACACUGAUUCAAAAGCCAAAUCCCAGGAACCAGACGCACCGGGUCUCUCCACGGACAUGAACACAGCUCCAGAUCUCAAACAGACCACCGGGUCAUCGUUUCCAGAGGUUCUGGCUCAUCCUGUGGUAGAGACCUUCACAGUGACACCUACAGAGAUCCCUCCUCAGUCAGAGACCUCGGGCCAAGUCAAGACCAACCUGAUUGAGGUUCCUCUGUCAGUCAUGAAGCCUCUGGAGGAUCUGACCCUCGAUGAUGAGCUGGAGGGGCAGCAGGGUCACGAGGAAGGCUCAGAUCAGGAUCCCAAGAUGUGCCGGGGUUUCUUCUUUAAGGAGGACGGAAAGGCCGAUGGGAACAUGGCUCAGAAGAGAGCAGCGCUGUUGGAGAAGAGGAUGAGGAGGGAGAAGGAGACCCAGCAGAGGAAGAUGCAGCAGGAGGCGGAGCUAGAGCCGAAGAAGGAGGAAGCUCG